ACGCCACGGCAACUGCCAUAUCCGAUUCGUUCGGGUCCUGGCUGUUCUUUUUUUUUCCUUCUCUUUCUCUCUCGCUCUUGUUCCCUCCGUCUCUCCCCGUCGAACGUUGCAUCUCUUUCGCGGACACGAUUGUCGCGAUCACCUUCAUGAUAUGAUUACAAUGCCUCUUCGUCCCGAGGUGCGAUAGCCUCCGUUAUCCGUGAAAUCGAGCCCGAUAGAGCCGCCGCCUCGCCCCCCCUCCCCCCUCUACGUCUCCUCCCACCGAUCUUCUCGUUUCUUUCGCGAUCGCGAACCCGCUGGCUGUCGCCGCCGUCGCUGCCUCCUCCUCCGCCUCCUCCCGCUUCCGCUCGCGUUGCGUGUCCGCGUUCGCGACGUCUGGAUAAGUGAUUGUCGUACGACCGGACGCCGAGUGUUUCGACGCUUCGGCUACACGAGCCUCUCGGCGGAGACAAACCAAUCGACUCCGCAAGACAGGUGAAUAAUAAGUUGCGCCACAAUCCUUGAACCGUGCAAAAACAAAACAAUCAUGGAAUCAUCAGAUAGUAGAAAGAACGUAUAUCUUACAAAAACCGGCGACAAUUCCUUGAACUCUGGAAUGAGAGAGACUAUGAUUGUCGGCCAGGCUAAUAUGGUACCAGAGUGUGGUGCAGAAGGUGUGAUGAAACCCAACAACGUAUCCAAUGUUUCCACUAAUCAGACAAAGUGGACUAAUAGCGGCUCUAAAAAUUAUAUCACAAUACCGGUGAAGAACGAGGUCGUACAUCUUGAAGAUGGUAAUGCACAUUGCAACAACAAGAAAAUGUAUUAUUAUGAUAGACACUACACUGGACAUGAGGAGCCAGAGAGACCAACACGCAGAGGAACAAAGAGAUACAGAGACAAGGAUGCACCAAAACGGGCAUUAUCUGCAUUUUUCUACUUUUGCCAAGAACUACGUAGCAAGAUGAGAGAAUUGCAUCCUGAGAUGGGAGUAGGUGACAUUGCAAAGGAAUUAGGAAAAUUGUGGAUGAGUACGGAUUUACAGACAAAAUCCAAAUAUAUGGCCAUCGCGGAGGAAGACAGAGCUCGAUACGAAAGAGAAAUCAUUGCAUAUAACAAGAGAGUUAAAAAUUAUGACCCGGAGGAGGUUGGAACCGUAUAAAUUAUAAUGAGGACUCAUGGGACGGACAAGGACGAUAACUUUAUUCUAAUUCAAGAACUGCAGAUAGUCGGAGUUCAAACUUGCAACAGACAAGCGAGUUUUACUACUAACCUAGAAUUAUCGUUGUAUAUAUUAUGUAUACUGUUGAUAUUGUCCGGAAAAGAAAGAAAUUGUCUCUCAGAAAUUUGGUUAUAUACUUAGAAUGCUAAAAAAGUCAAAUUUGAAAAAAAAAAGAAU